GCAAGAUCCUUGGACCAAUGGAACGACAAGGCAGUCUACUCCAAAUUUGGUCACCGCAGACAAGCGCCGCUAAACCGAAUUCCGAUACCGACGAACGCCUAUCCUAACAUUUUGGGACAUCCUUCAUCCUUCGGGUUAAGUUCAGCCAUCCACCUAUGAGGAUGAUGUCCCUUUUCCACUCUCGCUUCAGCUUUAGAUGGUAGAAGACGGUACGAGAAAAAACAAGCCACGCCACGGGUUACCUGAGAGCUCAAGUGAGUCGACAAAAUAGUAUUCCUAACUAAUCGCGCGGCUGCAGCCGAACUAUUCCAUCUAUCUUCUUACAUACAACUACUCACUCAAGUGAUUGACGGAACGGACGAACGAACGUGUGAUUGAUUGAUUCUGCUCUACUCAAGUUCAACCUUCCAGCUCAUCUUCGUGAUAGCCGCUCAGCGGUAUAGCGAAACAAUGUAAAGACAUACCUAGGUAGUCUUUUUGAUAUAUACGAUUCUUCUUAUUUGUCUUCCUCUCCUUCUUUUUCUUUCUUCUUAGCGUCUCUUAUCUCGAUCUCGCUCUCCUACCUACCUACCAGCCUACCUACCAGCCUACCUCCAAUUUCCCUCACUCCAAAUGAGUGUAGUCGGAUCUACACGAGCGCAUAUGAUCAUGGGUGACCAACCAUUCGUGACGAUAAAUGAGUGGCAUCGAACAGAUGGACACAGUGUCAGCAGUGGGGAUUCUGCCGUACGUCGAGACCACAGGAAAGCCAGGCCUCAAGCUCGCUCUCAUCUAAUCAACUCUUCUCAGUAUGGCUCCAGCACUGAUGAUGAGAGGACGCCAUCGGCGACCCACGACAUUAGUCGCGUAAACUACCACGUCAAGCAUCUGCCCGAUUUUGCCAAAACUCUCGAGGAUUCGGCUACGCGAGCCUUCCCCAACCGGGGAAGCUCUCAGAGAUACAAGAAAGUUCAUGUCCUUCUUCUUCACUGGACAUGCGAUGACCUCUUUGUCCUCAAGGAGCUUGAUGAUCUGGAGGCUUGCCUCCGUGAGGAUUAUAGCUACGAGACGGAAAUAUUUCCGAUCCCAUCCGCCAAUGCACAUCUAGAACUCAUGCUGAAGAUCGGUAGCAUGAUCAAGGACCAUGAGUCAAACGAUACUUUAUUUGUCGUUUACUAUGGUGGCCACGCAAGAAUCGACGAGUCUAGACAGAGUACGUGGUGUGGAACUCGAAGCUCGGACUCUCCGUGGCUACAGUGGUCCGCGAUCCAGACAUUAUUAGAACGAUCUCUUUCUGACGUUUUGAUUCUCUUGGAUUGUUGCGCUGGAGCCGCGAGUGCGACUUUCCCUAAUGGAAACAGCAUCACAGAAACAAUUUCAGCCUCUAGUUGGGAUGCCAUCGCUCCAGAUCCAGGGAGGUAUUCUUUUACCAACACCUUGAUUGAAGUACUCCAAGAAUGGAAACGAAGGACGUAUUCCGCCGCAAUGCUGCAUGCCGAAGUUCUAGCACGCCUGAAGCAUCCAAGGCCCGAGAUGCUGAAUGGCAAGCAAUUCGAAGCACGAGCUACACCAGUGCAUUUCAUGAUGACGGCUAAUCACAAAGCGCCAAGUAUUGAGAUUGCUCGAGUCAUUCCGCCAGACGCGAGGCCGCCUUCACCUCCUCUAGAGCCUGGAUUUGAUGGCAAUACCCCCAACGGCCGGUCUGCUGGUCCACAAGACAUCAUUGGGUCUGAACCCAACGAAGAAGUGCCACAUGUGAUGAUCUCCCUAGCUCUGGAAGAGGACCAACGCCUGAACAUCAACGACUGGGAGCACUGGCUUUCAAGCAUACCUGCGCUCGCCAAGUACGUCAAGGUCCAAGGAGUAUUCAAAAGCCAUUCAACAUUACUUCUUCUAUCCUUGCCAGUAAUGGUUUGGGAUCUUCUUCCGGAGAAUCAUGCAUGCAAUUUCAUUGCAUUCAUUCGUUCGAACAAUUUGGUAGCUCGCAACCAUGGUGAACCACGCGCAAUCGAAGAGGAGGUAUCGACGGGGGCUGAUAUAGAUGCGGAUUUAAGGUCCAUCUAUUCGGGGACUACAGCAUACACCGCUGCGCCAUUCGAUUCCGCUGGAGGACCCAGGAUGUCUAUGAUGUCUGCCUUUUCUGGAAAAUCGCCCAUAGAUCCAGCAUGUAGAGGAUUUGAACCUUCAAUACCUGAAACUGGCACCACUAGCACCCCAGCAUAUCACGCACCGACGCAGGGUGUACCCAUGGACCUGCCAAAACCUCCUCUCAGGGGUUGGUCAACAGCCUCUUAUAGCUCAUCAUCCAAGAGCCGCGCCAAACCCGGUUUCCUUCAUAAGAGUAUGUCUUACGGGAACAUAGCCCAACAGCUGGCUGUGAACCAGCCUCGAGGUGUGAGGAGGCCAUCUGUAGUAUCGACACCAAGCCAGCCCGAACUUCCACAGCAUGUCCAGACGCGAUUAGAAGAUUACUUCCAGAGUAACCCGACACCGACCGUUGCAGUCAAGGAGUUCCUAGCUUCAAACCUAGGCAUAGAGACAGCCAACAUUGAUAUUUGGUUCCGACACCGCCGCGAGCAACAAGAGGUGGAGAAUAGGCUACAGAGUCUGAAGAUAGAUGACCAUAGCCACGAUCCUCCGACGGAUGGUGCUCAGAUGAUCCUUCCAGGACAUUUGAACAAAUUGCUGGAGAUUUUCCCAACGGGCCAAGUCGUCAUGGUUGACCUUCGCUCACCUGCUGAAUAUGAGCAGUCUCAUAUUCACGGUGCGAUCAAUUUCCGAGCCCCAGCAUCGUUCGUGGCACGUGCAACUAUGGAAAUGAUCGAAAAGGCGCUACCAGAUGAGGCGAGCCGCAGCUCAUUCAACAAGUGGUAUACUAGCAAAUGUGUUGUAUUCUACGACAAGGUAGUCGAGUAUACCUGGGAGGCGCCCGCAGCAGACGCACUGUUUCAGAAAUUCAAGAGCAAGGGGUGGACGGGGCAAUGUUUUGUGCUCAAAGGGCAUUAUCGCGAAUUCUCACACUCGUUCGAUAAAUACAUAGUAGGGACGAACACGACGGACAAUGCUAAGGAGUAUCUUGCUAGCCUUCAAGAUGUAUCAUGGGAGAAGACGAAGAAAGAUGAUCAUCAGCGAUACGAUGACUGGCUUAAGCUACUCGAGGGUGAGGACAGAGUACACUCAACAAAUCUGGUACCGACGGUGAAAGCCGAGCGAGUCGAAGCCACAGUGAAGCAUCAGAAAGAGAUCGAAGAUGAGUUUGAAGGAAGACAGCCAGUCUUAUACAAGGAUGCGAGAGAUCGGAAACCAGAUGGGAAUUGGGCUAUUAAAGCUCCCAUGGUGACUCAUCUGGAGCGCGGUAUAUUCAAAAUGCAAGAAGCUGGGAGGGGUCUAGGGAUAGGGAUGGCUAGAUCCCCUCCCCCAGAUAUGAAACGAACAUUGGAUAAGACCUCAAUGUCGGAUUAUGACCUAUUGGAGUCUGAGGAUGAGAUCCGCGACUCAGCGCCACAGUCUGUUCCUCCGCAUAAAGUAGGGCGCUCUGGACUCGGUGGAAGUCGAAGUUUCUUGGGCAAGUUUAUGAGAAGCAGUCGUCCGGAUACUCCACGAUAAAAAAUACAACAAAGAGGCGCUGGAUAUUACCCCUUCACCUUCUAAAUUCUAUGGUCGCUGGCUACCAGCAUACGAAAGCCUCACGCGGCGGAUCUGUCACGCGUUUUCUACAUAUGCAUUUAUUAUACAACUACCUAGGAUAUCCUGGAACCUCUAACAUGAGCUUGGCAUGGGAGGUACCCUUAACGAAACAACUGACGCGAUUUAUUAUUCUGUAUAUAACUUGGUAGGGAAGAUGGAUAAAUGGGGUUACGGAAGGCGGUUUGUGGGUGGCAGUAUACCUAGAAUUAUUUACCUAGAUCUAAAAGAUCUAUAAGCUAUUUGCAAUUAUGGAAAAGGAUUAACUUAUGAACUUCCAA